GCAAUCGAAAAGCUUCCCGCAAGCCUCAAGGAGGUCUCCACGCUCUACAAAGAGGCCGGGGAUGUCAUGGAAGAGGAAGAUGUAAUGAAGGACAUCUUGGAGUUUCACCUUGCAAACUCCCAACGGGAUGCAGCAGCAAAAACUGAGGAGGAAAUUCGUGAUCGUGUCCGCUCUAGCAAGAAAGAGGAGGCACCGUGCCUGCUCCGAGUGGCGGCAGUGUUUUAUUCCAUGGGUGCUAUGGAGGGUGCCAGAACGCUGGUUGAAGAGGCUGUGGCUGGAUUCUCCAGCUUGGGUGACCAGGCAGGGCAGGUGAAGUCUCUUCGCUCAUUGGCGGUGCUGUACCUGUCGCAGCAAAAGUUCAAUGACGCCCUCACAGCUUUGGAAAAAGCACUCAUCGGGACCGCAGUGGAGAAGGCCAACAUUUGCUACGCGCAGUCGCAGAUCUAUGCGGCCAUGGGUGGCAGCAAAGGCGUUAGCAGCGCCAUUGAGUCCAUGCAGAAAGCCAGAAGCUUCAUGCAAGAAGGCAAGAACCAGGAUGGCGAGCUUGAAUGCUUGCAGAUCAUCUCCGAGUUGCAGCUGAGCUCACAGAAAGGUGACUCCGCGUUGGCCACUGGACAAGAAGCCCUAGCUGUCACGCAGGCCAGUGGCAACAAAUCCAAGGAGGCGGCUGCUUUGCUACGCUUGGUCUCGGCUUGUUUGUCUUCACAGAACGAAGCUGAAGCUCUGAAGUAUGCGGAGAUGGCUGAGAUGAAGGCAAAGGAAGCUGACGACAUUGAGAAGGAAGCCCAAGCCACCUCCAAUGUGGCAGAGAUCCUGUUGCGCAGGGGUGACAAAGUGGGUGCCAUCAAGAGGUCCAAAGAGCAGCUGGCCAGAUGUGUUGAAAGGAAGCACUCUGCUGGACAAGCAUCAGCCAUGGUGGUCCUGGGCCAAGCUUUGCUGGCUGAAAACCAAGCAAGUGCUGAAGGGAUGCGCUACCUGCAGGCCGCCUUGGGAAUCUACAAGGAGUCUGAUGACUUCGUUGGAUUGUAUUCUGCACACUUUGCGCUGGCCAACGGCUACUUCACCCGUGGCGACCUGGAAGAUGGUCUGUGCCAUGCUCGAGAGGUGUUGAGCUGCUGCCGCCGCAGUGGCGACAAGGUCAACGAGGAGCUUGUGAAGGCAAACAUCGAGCGCGCGCGGCAGAUGACUGCACAGCUGCGGAUGACAACUCCCAAGAGGCCCAGCAUUGAGAAUUCAGGUAUUCUCUUGUCUCCUGCUGGGCCUCAAGCAUGCCAUCUUAGACAUAGUCGUGUUCCCGGCUCUUUGCUGGAUAUUGUGGCCUCCGGCAGAAACUACUGGGGUACGCCAAGGACAGUAGUAGAUGCUGCUUCUGAAGCGGAUGAGAGACCACCUUCUCAAUGUGUGAUCUUUGGAGCUGCUAUGUCCGAGAACUGCACGACGCAGAUGUGCCUGGAGCUGAUGGACCUCAUUGGUGCCAUGGCCAAGGGCGAUAUUCCGAAAGUUCCUGUGAUCGUUCAGACAAGGGGUGUUUAUGGACGUCUUUGCGGUGACAUUACCUAUGGAAGCAUGACUAGUGUAGCUGCAGUCACACUUUGGGGCCUCAUUCGAACAGCUCGUUUGGAGAUGCCAAAGGUCCCAAUCCUGACGUUGGACUUCCAGCCCACCAUGACUGUUGCACAGAUCAGCAGGCAGCUCAAGCCGGCCACGGGUGUUGCAGAGACUGCGUAUUACAACAAGAGUAGAUGGGAGCCGCAGCUGGCCGCGGUGCCAUCCCUGCUCCGACGAGACUUGAAAAAGGACACUCUGAGCGUUGGAGGUGCGAUCCCUCCAGGUGAUGAGAGGAAGGCCAAAGCCGAGGCGGCCACGAAGUUUGCACGAAAGGCCUUCACUUGGACAGGUCCCACCAGCAAGAUGGACUACUGCUGGUACCGGCAAGAGUGGCGAAACGUUGGACCUGCUGAGGGAGAAAUCAUUGCCCGGGAUCCUUUGAUUCCUGUGCGUUCCUUGCGGCAGUACUGAGCGUAGCCCAAGCGGCAAAAAAAAAUGACUUCAGGCCUUACAAAAAGCAGAGAGAACCUUUCGC